AUGAGCCCAAAGCACGGGGCACUCAGGGGUGACACGCGCGACGGCGCGUAUGCGGAAGCAGCCCCUGCCACUGGUCACGAAAGGGUCAGUGAGCAUGAAGAUUAUGAAGAGAAGAGCAAGCAAGGUGUUGUCCAUGCGGUGGACAAUGCUGUCACCAGGAGUGACGACGCGUCAGAACUCCUGGUGUUGAUGAGAGGAAUAACCGGACGUCUGGAUAGGCUUGAAGAGUCACAGACAAGGUUGAUAAAAGCUGAGGAAGGGCGUGGAAGACAUAGGGACGCGCCUAUGACUCCGCCUAGACAUUCAAGUUUGUUUGUUUCGGCUUUGGGAAGUGGAACAAGAGCAGAUGCACAUGGACAACUUGGAAGGGUCCAAUGA